AUAUUCUUUUAUCUAGUGACAGUAUGGCUGAAGCCAACAGGGAAUGCUCCAAUAAUCAAAAACAAAAAGUGGGUGGUUGAAAAGAAUUGUACUAUUGCAAAGAUAAUGGGAUUUCUUAAGCAAUAUAUGAAACUGGAUUCUUCUGCUUCUGUGUUUCUAUAUGUGAAUCAGGCUUUUGCUCCGAGUCCUGAUCAUGAAGUAGGAAAUGUUUUUGAGCUGCAGAAUGUCUGCAAAAAAAGCCUUAUUUUAUUCCAGAUUGGGAAGAUUC